UUCACUUCACUAAGAAUCCAAGAAUGGAUAACUUGAAGAAAUCAUCACUAUCAAAACCAUGGAAGAAAGGCCCUGCUCGAGGCCAAGGAGGGCCUCAAAAUGCGACAUGCACGUACCGAGGAGUAAGGCAGAGAACAUGGGGGAAAUGGGUAGCUGAGAUCAGAGAGCCUAAGAAGAGAACUCGGCUUUGGUUGGGUUCGUUUGCUACUGCUGAAGAAGCUGCCUUGGCUUAUGAUGAAGCUGCAAGGCGGCUUUAUGGGCCGGAUGCUUAUCUUAAUCUUCCGCAUCUGCGUUGUAGCUUUAACCCUUUGAACAAAUCGCAAAGGUUUCGAUGGUUUCCUUCCAAGAAUUUCAUAUCCAUGUUCCCUGCUUCGAGUGGGACAACACCAUCGUUGCUCAAUAUAAAUGUGCAACCGAGUGUUCAUGUUAUUCACCAGAGACUCCAAGAGUUCAAGAAUUUCAGGCCGUCUUUGAGUGAUCAUAAGAAUAAGUCUGAACCCAAGAAUGUGAAGAGGGAUAAAAAAGAAGUUGAAAUUGAUAAUGACAAACAGAACUGGGAGAAGCCUCAGAUUGAUUUGCACGAGUUUUUGGAGCAGAUGGGAGUUUUAAAGGAAGGAAAAGCAGCUUACGAUGACAAAGUUGAUGCAAACAAUGGCGAGAAUGAUGAAUUGAAUGAGAAUAACAUGGAGGAGAUGAAUUCCGAGUGGGACGAAUUAGUUGAAAUCUUGAGAGGGGAAGAUUAUCAACAACCUGAAUCAAGUAGCUAUGGAGACUGUAAUAUGCAGCAAGAGCUAAUAACUUUCCCACCUGGUAUGUGGGACUUUUGAAGAGCUUCAUUUGAUUUCCCAAAUCUAGUUAAUGUCAGUCAUUAGAGACUAUUUAGAUACAUGUAACCUGAUUUAAUGCCUAGAAGAUUUGUAUGAGAUAUAGUUAUGACUAAUUUGUCUUUUUCGGGAAUAAAAGACGUUAGUAAGAUGGGUUUUGG